UCGAUUUUCUGUUCGAUGCAUCCACUUUACAUCAUCAUAUUGUUUGUGUCGACUUCACAACUCCAAAGCAUCAGAUUGUCUAAGGUCAGAACAAUCUUUUACCAAUUUUAUCUUACCUUUCCUCACUCUUCAAACCUCACCUCAGCCUUCUCCGCUCCUCUCCUGAUCACCAACGCGUCUUCACCACCAACCUCCCACCAUGGCCCCCCGCAAACCCAAACCAGCCGACGACGACACCGCCUCGACAACCUCGACCGAACACCCCGUCCUGAAACCCAACACCACCAAAUCCAAGAUCGAGAAACCCAAGACGGAGAAACCCAAAGCCGUCAAGGCGAAAGCUGUCAAGAAGAUCGCCGCUGCUGCCGCUGAAGGAGAAGCUGAAGAGAAGAAAGCCGUUAAAUCGAAGGUUGUGAAGAAAGAUGCUGCUGCUGUUGAGGACGCUGCUGCUGCGAAGACUGGUGGUGGUGGUGGAACCAAGGAGAAGGAAAAGGGGGAGAAAGUAAAGCCCGUAACGGGCGAGGAGGCGGUGCAGUUGAUCCUAUCGUAUCUCACGGCGCAGAAUAGACCGUAUAGCGCUACGGACGUGAGUGCGAAUCUGCACGGCAAGGUCACGAAAACAACGACCGAUAAACUGCUCAAGGAGAUGGAGCAGGCGGGGCAGAUUAUGGGGAAGGCUACUAAGAAGGAUGGUGGUGGACAGUGGGUGUUUUGGGCUAUUCAGGAUCCGGCAGACACAGCAUCCCCUGAUCAAUUGAAGGAAAUGGAUUCCCAGAUCUCAGCCCUCAGAGAAGCGAUCCCGGGACUGAAGAGCAGGGCGAAGGAAGUUACGAGUAAAUUGACGACACUCCAAAAUGCGCCAACGAUGGAGGAAUUGGGCGAGAUGGUUGCGAGGCUGCAGAGGGAGUUGGGGGAGAAGCGGGAGAGGGUGGAGGGGUAUAAAGGGGAGGGCAGGAAGGUUGUUACGCGGGAGGAGAGCGAGAAGGUGGAGAGGGAGUGGAAGUAUUGGGGUAAGAAGAGGGGGGACAGGAAGAAGGGGUUUUUGAAUUUGGAGGCCGUGAUGCUGGAGGGGGAGUUGAAGAGGGAGGAUCUCUGGGAGAGGGCGGGGUUGGAGGAGGAUGUUAUGUGAUGUGCUUGAGGGUUUGCUUGGAUGAGUUGAUAUUUGCUGGUCGUGGCUACAUGGGAUAUUUGGUGUCUGGAGUGUCUGGGAUUUAAGAAUAUCUGCGGAGCUUACAUUAGGGCUGUUGCGCUGAGCUACCAUCUUAUAUAGCAGAAG